GCCAAAAAAGGGGGCCAUUUAUUCGAAAAAAAACUGUUCAAACUCACCAUGCUGAAGCAAAAAACUAGCGUAACCAUAGAAACAUACACGCAUGCGCUGUUAUCUAUUUUUAUUUACGACAUAACACGAAUUGACAUACGACUGAGUGUACAAAUGAGCUGUCUACUGUUGUCAAAGGAAGGACAAAGUGGAAAGGAGACAAUUUUUCAGUACAGCUUGAGUAAAACUACCCAACAAAAUAUCACGUGAGUGUGAAACCUCGUGUCUGACAUGGCCAACUCUUUAAGGGGUGAGGUUAUCAGACUUUACAAAAAUCUGCUAUAUCUUGGCCGAGAGUACCCCCAGGGAUCAGCGUAUUUCAGAGAACGCCUGAAGUCAGCCUUCAUGAAGAAUAAAGACGUGACAGACCCUGAAAAUAUCAAAAAGCUGGUGGCCCGGGGCGAGUUUGUCAUCAAGGAACUAGAGGCUCUCUAUUUCCUCAGGAAAUAUCGAGCCAUGAAGAAGAGGUAUUAUGAACCAGAAAAAUAAUUCCACACAAAUACAUCUUCAGAUUAUCUUUCUAAAAUGAAAUACUGGCAACGGAAACAGUGAGCCAAAGUACAAAGUGUCAAUAAUAUUUAUUUUAUCACAUUAUUUUUAUUACACUGCAGAAAUUACAAAGUCCCAAAAGUUGCCAUUAUAUAAAAAUAACCUAUGCUCGCCUCAUAAGGGCAAUGGAAUAUCCAUCUGCGAUAAGUGCCAGAAAGGGAUUAUAUAAUAAUAAUAAUAUAUAAUGUAGCUGUUACAGAAUGUGCUUUGUGUUUUUAUACACAAGUUGUACCUUAAUGCUAGGGUUUUUAAUUUCAAAUACUGUAUUUAUUUUGAUGUCAUAGGUUUUCCUCCAGAAAAGCUGUUAGGCCUGGUUUGGCCCACUUUCAGAUUUUUAGUCUAUUUUAAAUCAACAAUUUAUCAGGUCAAUUAAUUCAUUAUCUGAUUUGAAAUGGGUGUUUGGAUCAUGGCUAUUGUUAAGACGUUAUAGGUAAUAAAGAUGUAGACAUCCACCUGGUCUGUAAUAAAUUGUAGAAGCUGAGGUAUCAGACUGACUGAAUCAUAUUAGGAAAUGUAUUUUGUAUUUCAGUACAUAUAUAUUUGUAAAUACAUGGUCAUACUUCUUGAGGAGCAAAUGUAUAUGACUAUGUAUCUAUGCACUAUUAGAUAGAAAUCAAAAAUAAAUUUAGCAAAAAUGUACAGAUGUCCUCUGUCAUAAAUAUUAUAUAAUUAUUACAAAACCACAGCAAUUUUCAUCAGUAACUAAUUUCCUUUGCUUGUAUGAAAUUAUACAUAAAUAUAUUCAUAAAUAUAUUUGUAUAUUUGCAAAAAAGCAGAUAUCAGCAGCUAUGACUAGUCUAUAGCAUUUUAUAUUCUUUCCCUUUACAUUUGUUGUGUUUGUUUGUUUUUUAAUAUAGAAAACAUGUCAAUAUAAAAAUCUCAGAAAUCACACAGUUCCUGAAGCACAUCAAACAAUCUCAUGUGGGAGCCCAACUGUAAGGUUUAGAAACUGAUAUACUGGAUUCUUUACAGGAUUACGUACAGAAAAUGGUCAAAUAUACAGCAUAUUACAAACUCUGAAAGACAUUAAAAUAAUCUGUAGUAGUUUCCUGUCUUCAUUUUUUUUUAAGUGGGAAAGAAGAAAAUCUUUUGUUGCAAAAUCCCUGAAUGUUAAAAUUUUGUUAAACUUUUGUUUUAACUGUUCAGUCUUACAUAUGGCGAAUGCCAAAAUGAAAGAGCAAUCGGGAAGUCUCUGAUAAUAAUGAAAUUAAAUUACUGACUUUGCCUGGAUUAUUUUCUAUCUUUUUGAUCAUUUAUUAACUGAAAUUAAAUAAAGGUGUAAUAUUAAAGCCAGGAUAU